CUCUUGUGUCACCACAUGCAGAUGAGGGAGGUGGCGAGAGGUGUACAGUAUAUAAACAGGGAACAGUCUCGGUCUCUCUACCUUGCUUUUCCCUCAGCUUGCCUCAGUGUCUCUGCUCGCACGCCUCCACACACCAAUACCACCAAAAUGGCCUUCGCUGGAAGAUGGGAAACCGAAACCCAGGAGGGAUAUGACGCAUUCUGCAAGCUGCUUGGUAUCCCUGAUGACAUCAUUGAGAAGGGCCGUGACUACAAGCUGAUCACAGAGGUCACCCAGGAUGGAGAUGACUUCUCCUGGACCCAAAUCUACCCCACAAACGCCAAGGUCACCAACAAGUUCACCAUUGGCAAGGAGUGUGAUAUGGAGACCAUUGGAGGAAAGAAAUUCAAGGCCACAGUGUCCAUGGAGGGAGGCAAGCUGAGCGUGACCUUCCCCAACUACCACCACACCUCUGAGAUCUGCGGAGGCAAGCUCGUCGAGACCUCCAAAGCUGGCUCUGUGGUGCUGAAGAGAACCAGCAAGAAGAUCUAAGUGCUGACUGACUCUGGACCUCUUUAACAGUUACAAUACAGACCUCAGAACUAAAGCUACAGCAAUUAAUAAACUAAGAUAUAAUACUAACAUGAA